CCAGCUUCCGUUAUCUACCUUCCGGUGUUGUGAAGUGAAUCGCGUCCCUGUAGAAACGCGCCUUCCGUCUUCAGGUAGGACCUCUGGACCGGAACCAGAGGAUGCUGCAGCGGGUAGCGGUGGUUGGAGCGGGAGCAGCCGGACUCUGUGCGGCUCGCCACAUCCUGACCCGCCCCGCCAGCUUUGCCCCCCCAGUGGUGUUUGAGGUCAGUGGGAAUGUGGGCGGGACCUGGUGCUACGAGGAGCGAAUCGGGACAUACCCCAACGGGAGACCAGUGCUCAGCAGUAUGUACAGGGACCUCAGAACCAACCUGCCCAAAGAGGUGAUGAUGUUCCCUGACUACCCCUUUGAUCCUGAGCUGAGCAGCUUCCUGUCCCACCAGGAGGUCCAGCGGUACCUGGAGAGGUACUGUGAGAACUUCCGGAUCCGGCCUCACAUCCGGUUUGACACAGCCGUGGAAAACGUUACGCCUGUUUCCACGACAGCAGAGAACGGGGAGAGCAAGAUCACAUGGGAAGUGACAUCAUUAGACUCAACGGGUCAUCAGAAAACGGAGACAUUUGAUGCAGUGUUCAUCUGUUCAGGGCAUUACUCGGACCCUCACAUCCCAAACAUCCCGGGGAUACAGAACUUUAAAGGAACGGUUCUCCACAGUCACUCGUACCGCUUCGCCGAGCCAUUCUCGGGUCAGACGGUGGUGGUUCUGGGAGCUAAAGCUUCCGGACUGGACAUUUCCAUUGAGCUGGUCAAGGCUGGAGCCAAGGUGACUCUGAGUCACCGGAACCCUCCGCUGACCGUUCCUCUUCCUCCCGGGAUCCAGCAGGCGAGCUGCGUGGUGGCGGUCCAGGACGACGGAACCAUCCGCCUCCAAGACGGCUCCGUAUGUCAGGCCGACGUUCUGAUUUUCUGCACUGGGUACAACUUCAGCUACCCGUUCCUGGACCCGGCCCGGCUGGGUCUAGAGAUCCAGAACCAUGUGGUAUCCCCUCUGUACCGCUACAUGAUGCCUCCCGCCUUCCCUUCACUGAUCUUCAUUGGCAUCUGUAAAAUCAUCUGCCCCUUCCCCAACUUCGACUGCCAGGUCCAGUUUGCCCUGGCGGUGCUGGAUGGGUCGGUCACCGUGCCGCCUCAGGAGCAGAUGGAGGAAGUGGUGCGGAGGGAGCACCAGAGGAAACUGGAGGCCGGGGUCCAGCACCACCACUUGCUGAAGUUGGACCAGGACCAAUGGGAAUACUGCGACACUCUGGCCGGUUCCGCCGGCUUCCCGCCUCUCCAGCCGGCAGUUCGCAGCCUCUAUGAGGAGGUCUGGAGGCAGAGACAGGUUCACCCAGAAAACUACCGGGAGUUCAACUACAGGCUGGUGAGCGCCACCCGGUGGGAGCAGAUCAGCUGAUCAAGAGGUCCAGCAGAUUCUACUGAGACCCGGAGAACCUCUCUAGCUUGUCUGCAAUUCUGGCGUCAUCUGCUGGUCAUGACCUGGAACUACCCCUGUGGUUCUUUAGCUCUGGAGUUCCCAGACCUUACCAUACCAUGGCCCCCCAAACAGAAACCCAAAACAUGUCGAGAAACAUCAACCUGCAGAAUGUUUUUCUCACUUUUACUCACUAUUCAAUAAUUACUACAUUAAUGUAUCAUAAAUUAUUAGGUUAUUAGGGUUUCUCUGCAGGAGUUUCCUGAAGGAACCAGCUGCUGGACCGUUCCUUCAGUUUGUUUCUGGUUAGAAACUUUUCCAUUUUGCUGCUAUGCUAGCUUAAGCAGCAAAGCACCUUAACGAAUCAGUGAGAUGAGCAUGACAAAUACAAUUUUAAUAAUGUUUUAAGAACUUUUAGAAUUAUGAUUUUAAAACAGAUUAGAUCAUAAUUUUUUAUCAUCUAAAAAAUUAUAAUUAAAAGUUUCUUAUGUUUAAGAUUCAAUCUUGGAUCUAUAUUUCUGAGGCCAACUAGCGCCUCCCGGUGGCCCAACAUGGGGCCGCAGCCUCCACUGUGAAAAACACUCUCACUCAUGUUGCACUUUGAACACUGAUUAUCUUCAUAAUUAUCUCAGUUUUACAUCAUUAUCAUCACUAUAUAAAAUGAUUUCCAUUAAUCUGUAUUGAUGGCAUAAAUAAAGUUUAUUCU